AUGGCUGGCAGCCGCAAAUACGAAAUCGCGGCCGCGCGCGACAAGGCCAUGGUCGCCGCCCAGGGUAUUUUCGUCCUAACCGAUGCCGGCAGAUGGAACCUGAUCGUGGACCAUGUAGACUACCAGGGCUUUGAGCGCCAAGUCAUGCGCACCGGCAAAGUCGUUGACACCUCGCUCAGCCCGCCGUCGUCUAUCUACCGGGCAAUCGACUACGACUACAUGUGA